AGUAUGUCACCAAAUUAUAAAGAACUAAACAGCACUAACCCCUUCAGUGGGAUGUCAACAUUGUCAUCUACCACGGACUGUGGUCAUGGAUGGAGUGUCAGCAAUGCUGGACACUAUGAAGAUCUAUCAGAUCUGUGUCGCUACCAAGGUGAUUGCACAUGGAAUACGAGAAACCAAUUACCACACACACUGAACAGAUCAAGGGGAGAUAACAAUGGAUGUAACUCUGAACCUAAUGUUGACAUGAACACUUCCUGUUGCCCUGACCAAAUACCUUUGACUAUAACAGGUACCACAUCUAACAUAAUUGAACAACCACCUUCAGUAGCAAUGGCAAUCUGUAUACCACCUCUACCAUCUGUACCUAAGGUGACAACACUACCAAAAGUACCUUGAAUACAUCAGGCGCCUCCA